UGGAAUCCGAUUUGGGGUCGUUUAGUUCGAAGAUAAAUUAUGUUGGAAUUGAGAUUAAUUAUGUUGAUAUUAGCUAUUAUAAUAUUAUCUUUUGACGAUUAGAUAUAUUGUAUUGAUUCUGAAAUUGUCUAUGCUUUAUUCGAGGAUUAUUAUUUUUCUCUGUGAUAGACCCGAUAUAAUUUUUAAUUUGAGAUAAUUUAUUUUAAAAUAAUUCUAUCCAAGUAUUAUUUUUGCAACUGGAUAUAAGCAGGGAAAGGGAAGUAACUUCAAUUCUGCCGCUUUCCUAUCAGAAGACAUGACACUACCGCCAAUGCCGACGACGGCAGGAAUUUCCAGUAUGCGAUUAGCCGGAGGAGAGAUUCGGACGGUGUUAAUUACAGGCGUGAGCCGAGGAUUAGGCAAAGCCCUAGCCCUAGAAAUGGCGAAGAGAGGCCACUGUGUCAUCGGCUGCGCUCGUUCUCAGGACAAGCUCAAUGCCCUCCAACCCGAGCUCGCUUCUGUUACCAAUCCUCCUUCUGAGAAUAAACACCUCCUCAUGAACGUCGACGUGAGUUUAAAUAGCAGUGUUGAAGAGUUAGCACGUGCUGUUAUGGAGAAAAAGGGCGUUCCUGAUAUUAUUGUGAACAGUGCAGGAACUAUUAAUAGGAACAACAAACUAUGGGAAGUGCCAGCUGAAGAGUUUGAUUCUGUCAUUGAUACCAACAUAAAAGGAACUGCAAAUGUUCUGCGUCACUUUAUUCCCCUAAUGCUUGAGAAGAAGCAAGGAGUGAUCAUAAAUAUGUCUUCUUCAUGGGGAAGAUCUGCCGCUGCACAGGUGGCACCAUAUUGUACUUCAAAAUGGGCAAUAGAGGGUCUGACAAGGUCAGCUGCGAAGGAGUUGCCUCCUGGAAUGGCAGCUGUUGCACUUAAUGCUGGUGUCAUUUACACGGACAUGCUUCAGUCGUGCUUUGGCAAUUCAACAUCCCUCUACCAGACACCUGAGUCAUGGGCUCCAAGGCAGCUAAUAUGAUACUGAAUCUAACUGCGGCUGAUAAUGGGGCGUCUCUGUCGGUGUAAAUUUAUGCAGCUGAGUGACAUACCACCUUUUGUAGGCAGCAGAAUGCCGGAUACUACCAGUGACAUACCACCUUUUGUACCAGUUUUUGGAUCCAUUGAGUAUGAUAUCAGUUUUGUCUCCAGAGGGCCAAAGUUUUCUUAUGAUUUUGUGAGUUUAGGAGAUUUGAAACGUUUGGAAUGUUUUGAAAUUUGAGCAACUAAGAUAGUCAGAAAGGAGUUUAGGCUUGCGUAAAUUUUGUUUCUAUGUUGGCAAAAUGGCCUCCGGGCCACCUAAAUUGCACCGGAUCUUAUAAGUAAA